UUCGUGCCCUCGACGCUCCGAGACGGCCCAAAACGCCUCCAAGAUCGCCUGACGACGGCCCAGAAAGCUUGCCGCAGGCCUGGCAAGGGCAAAGCUGGCCUCCAGCCUUCAGGUCGACCAUCUGCGGCAGUGAAAUAGGACCUGCCCACUUGGAGCGGUCCGAGACUGCGUACGCACCGAAUACUGCAACCGCGCUGCGCAGCGCUCCGUGCCUAGAGAAGAAAGCAGAGAGAAAAGGAGAGGAGACGAGGAGGAGAAGACGAGGAGGAGGAGGAGGAGCAAUUUUCGCCGCACGGCGCAGAUCCAAGCGGCUCGGUGGCGGCCCCCUGUAACGGACGGCUCCCCCCGGCAGGACAAGCAGGGUGGGCCGCGCAGCAGGGCCCUUGAAAGCUUCUCCAGGCCCAUGCAUGCAGAUCCAGGGCCCAGCGCUCGAGAACUGCUGCUUGAGGGCGACCAACGGCCCGACAGGCGUUGGCAGCCAACUAUAAAAAAAGCAAGCCCGCGCAGGCCUGCCUCGGGCAACGUCGAACGUUCGAGAACUGGCGCAUCAAGAGGCGGGUGGCCGACAGGAUGCGUAUGCGCGCAUGCGCGCUCAGGGAAGUCUGCUAUUGGCAGGUUCUGAGCGGCGGGGACUCGCCACUCCGCGCGGGGGAGGAGUGCUCGCCCUCCGCAGGUGCAAAAAAUCCAAUCAAAACAUCGUCGCCCGCCUCAGCGCAGCGGCGAGUCGCCGUACAGAGCCCAGUCACCCCAGGCCUGGCCCGUCAGGCCGUUCUGGAAGAACAUGCCGAUGAUGGCCAUCAUGGCGAGCCUGCCGUUGUUGAUCUCGGCGAGCAGCUUCUUCUCCUUGGUCUCCUUGUCCGCGAUGCUGGCGCCGCCGGGGAGGCCCAGGGGGUCCCAGAAGCCCAGCGGCGGGCACGCGCCGAGCUGCGUGGAGAUGUCCAGCACCGGGGCCUUCGCCGCACGCAGCGGCGAGUCGCCGUACAGAGCCCAGUCACCCCAGGCCUGGCCCGUCAGGCCGUUCUGGAAGAACAUGCCGAUGAUGGCCAUCAUGGCGAGCCUGCCGUUGUUGAUCUCGGCGAGCAGCUUCUUCUCCUUGGUCUCCUUGUCCGCGAUGCUGGCGCCGCCG